AUGGUGACGGCUCUCUGGCUCCUCGCAGGCUACUUCGGCCUGGGGUUUUGCCUUCACUUCCUGAUCUGGUUCUGCGAGGUGCUUCGCACGCUGCUCUGUCCCAGCCGCUGGCCGGACGUGCCGCUGAAGAACAAGAGGAAGAGCGAGGGGGGAGAGCAGGCGCCCGUGGGCCAAGGGCACGAGUGCUACGACUAUGACACUCCUGGCUGGCCUUUGCUGGCCAUCCUCAAGCUGAUAUUUGCCUUGCUGACAGGCUUGCUGCCGUUUCGCUUCAUAGCCUUCAUCACCUCCUUCCUCGUCAUUGCCCUCGCCCUUCGAAUCGGGUUCUGUCUGACGCCUGGGUCUCUGGGCCACCGUGCAGUGGAUCUUUUCUUCCACGCGAUCACAAAGCUCCUGUGCACUUGCUGCGCCUGCUACGUCACGGAGGUCCUCCACAAGGAGCGUCUCGCGUGGAUCCGGAAGCCAGGCCCCCAUCCCAUCUUGGUGCCGAACCACAUCUCCCUGGUGGAGGCCUUCCACCUCCACUACAUCACCUGGGGUAUGAGUGGCUGCGUGGCCAAGUCCCAGCUCUCAGUCCCGGGCGUCGGCGCGGCCGCCAAGUUUAUGGGCGGGCUCGUCAUCGAUCCCAAGGACCCCAACAUGAAGGAGAAGGUCAAGGGUGGCAUCGCCCAGUAUGCCAAGAAUGAGCCGGACGAGCGUGGGCGCUAUCUCUUCAAGCGGGCCUUCUGCAUCUACCCUGAGGGCAUCACCAACUCCCAGCUGGGUCUCUACCGCUUCAACCUGGGAGCCUUCGCCCCGGGUGUGCCGGUGCAGCCCAUCCUCCAACGCUUCCCCUACACGCACAUGAACCCCGCAUGGGUUUCCGCGUCCAAAAUCUCCCCUGGAAAUGACCUUCCUUGGAUUCUCCUCCGAUACAUGUCGCAGAUCACCAUGCCCUUGCAAGUGAAGGUCAUGGAAGUCUGGGACCCGAGCGAUGCCGAGGUCGCAGAUCCCCUGCUUUUCGCGAGCAACGUGCAGAACUACAUGGCUCUGCAGUUGGGCUGCGUGGUGACGGACACCAGCAACAAGAUUCUACGCGAAAAGGGCGGGCCCUUCGAUCUCAAAGCCGCGAAGGUGAAACCGAGCGAACGUGGUCCGGAUGAGCGUUUCGUUUUCAGCAGUUUCACGAUCACCCGAGUUUCACCGCUGGACGCCAUGGACGUCGACCCCAAGGUGGACGAGAUCCUCGCGCCCUACCCUGCCGUGUGCGGGUGGCUGGCUCGCCUCCGCAGCACGCCAGGUUUCUGCGAGUCGCACGCUGGUUUCAACAAGGCGCUGCCGGUGAUCAGGGAGCACUACGUCUCCCGCAGCAUGAGCCCGGGUGACUUUUCAUUCAUUGACUGCUGGGAGGACCCAUGGCUGGAGCCAAGUGGGCGAGACUAG